UGUACAGCUGGCAAUGUACAGACAGACGGGAUGAAAGUCAAUUGGCUAGGAGGUCCAAGCCCCGCACACUGAACGCUUCUAAUAAGGUGCAUAAAUCAAGACGAAACCAUUUCAAUUUUUUAUUUUAUCAACGUUUGAAAACAUUAGAAAAAAUAACAUUUAGUAUAGAAGUCUAUCCCUGGAACCAUCUAAAACCGUUAUAAAACUUCCGAGGCUGGACACGUUGUAACCGGUCGGAAAGAUGAAGACCUCAAGAUGGUGGCAGCAAUGUUCAGUCAUCAGCUUCCUGUUAGCUGUUUGGCUUCCAGCCUGGAUCAUGGCCCAGACAACGCCCCCUACCCAGGGCACCACCUCUCCCAAACCCCAGAAUGACCGGCUGCAGUUUCGUCUGGUGGGGUACCCCCGGAAGCACAACGAGGGGCGCAUCGAGGUCUUCUACAAGGGAGAGUGGGGGACCAUCUGUGAUGACGACUUCUCUCUGUCCAAUGCCAACGUCCUCUGUCGCCAGCUGGGCUUCGUUUCCGCUACGGGGUGGACACAUAGUGCCAAGUACGGCAAGGGACUAGGGAAGAUCUGGCUGGAUAAUGUGCAGUGUAACGGAGGAGAGAAGAGCAUUGAGUUGUGUAAAUCUCGGGGUUGGGGUAACAGUGACUGCACACACGACGAGGACGCUGGAGUCGUCUGCAAGGACGAGAGGCUUCCUGGUUUUGUCAACUCCAACAUCAUCGAUGUGCAGAUGGACGAGAACAAGGUGGAGAAGGUACGUCUGCGUCCGGUGGUGCCCACCAAAAGGAUGCCCGUCACCGAGGGUGUGGUAGAGAUUAAGUACAGGAACGGCUGGGUCCAGAUCUGUGAUGUGGGAUGGACCUCCAAAAACACUCGGGUCAUCUGUGGUAUGCUGGGGUUCCCUGACGAGAAAAAGGUCAACAAGAACUUCUACAAAAACCGUCUGCGAAAGAGAGCAGCAGAGAGCCAAGGUCAAAAGGUCAAAGCCAAGGUUCAUGUUUCUGCUGGUGCCAGGCUGCCACCCAAAGCUAAAGCUAGGGCUAAACCAUUCACCUCUGGGUUAAACAAAAGACUGAACACAGAGCGUCAGAAGAACCAGUACCACCUCCACUCUGUGGCAUGUGUUGGCACUGAGGUCCACCUGGCAGCCUGCCCCCUGGAGUUCAACAAGGGUAAUGCCACAGGUUCCUGUAAGGGCGGCAUGCCAGUCGUGGUCAGCUGUGUACCUGGACCACAGUACGUACACAACAACGGACUGAAGAAGAAACUGAAAACCACGAGUACGGUGAGGCUGAAGGGUGGUGCCAAGCUGGGUGAGGGCAGAGUGGAGGUACUGAGGAACAAUGAGUGGGGCACAGUGUGUGACGACCGUUGGACCCUGCUGUCUGCCAGCGUAGUGUGUAGGGAGCUGGGCUUCGGAUCUGCCAAGGAGGCCCUGACUGGAGCUCGCAUGGGACAAGGGAUGGGUCCUAUCCACAUGAAUGAGGUCCUGUGUCUGGGGACGGAGAAGUCCAUGUGGAACUGUGGCUUUAAGAACAUAACCUCAGAGGACUGCCAACAUGUAGAAGACGCCGCUGUGAGGUGCAACACGCCAUACAUGGCUCUGGAGAACUCGAUCCGCCUGACAGGGGGCCGUACGCGGUAUGAGGGGCGGGUGGAGGUGCUGAGCACAGAGGCUAACGGGACCAGGAGCUGGGGGCUGAUCUGUGGAGGGGCCUGGAGCACCAAGGAGGCCAUGGUGGCCUGCAGACAGCUGGGGCUAGGCUACGCUAACCACGGCCUGCAAGAAACAUGGUACUGGGACAGUAGUAACGUGACAGAGAUGGUGAUGAGUGGAGUGAAAUGUACAGGAAACGAGAUGUCUCUGAGCCACUGCCAGCAUCACAGGACUGUCAGCUGUCAGAAGACUGCUGCCAAGUUCUCUGCUGGGGUCAUCUGCUCAGAGACUGCGUCUGACCUGGUCCUGAAUGCUCCCCUGGUCCAGCAGUCUGUGUACAUUGAGGACCGCCCGCUCCACAUGUUGUACUGUGCAGCAGAGGAGAACUGUCUGUCUAAGUCUGCUGCUAGUGCUAACUGGCCCUACGGACACCGCCGCCUGCUACGGUUCUCCUCUCAGAUCCACAACAUCGGACGGGCCGACUUCAGGCCCAAGGCUGGACGCCACUCCUGGGUCUGGCACGCCUGUCACGGCCACUACCACAGCAUGGAUAUCUUCACCCACUAUGACCUGCUGUCGUCCAACGGGACCAAGGUGGCUGAGGGACACAAGGCCUCCUUCUGUCUGGAGGACACGGAGUGUCACGAAGGUAUCUCUAAGAGGUAUGAGUGUGCUAACUUCGGAGAGCAGGGCAUCACCGUGGGGUGUUGGGACCUGUAUCGCCAUGACAUCGACUGCCAGUGGAUCGACAUCACCGACAUCAAACCAGGAAACUACAUCUUACAGAUUGUGAUCAAUCCAAACUUUGAAGUGGCAGAGAGUGACUUCACCAACAACGCCAUGAAAUGCAACUGCAAGUACGACGGACACCGGAUCUGGCUUCACAAUUGCCAUAUGGGUGAUGCCUUCAGUGAGGAGGCAGAGAGGAGGUUUGAGAAGUACCCAGGGCAGUUCAACAAUCAGAUCUCAUAAUCCUCCUAGCAACACACCAAUCUGUUCCAGACCCAUGUACAAACCAAAGAGGAGGGCUGAUGCCUUUCAUCAUGUUAAACAAUGGGACAACCAAUCACCCUUCAUCACCUAGCUACCUAUCAGAACCAACCAUUCAUCAUCAGAUCACAAAGCAACCAACCAAUCACACGCCUAAAUUCCACAAGGCAGCAGUCUGAUCUGAAGGAUCCAAAGUCAUGUUGUAUUGUGAAUGUGUUGGUGUGCGUCUCAGUUAGUAUUAUUGUUAUAUUAUACUGGAAUACUCAGUGCUUUGUUCUCAAAAACAAAACUUACUUUAGAUGAUGAUUUGAUUUUGAUUUGAUUUGAUUUGAUUUGAUGUUUUGUUCAAAUGUGAGUAUAUUAUGUUACAUUGCGUGACAGAAGAACAAUUCAUAAGCUUUCAUACAACUAGUCUUAAUGUAUGAUUUAUUGAUAUGCAACCUUUUUCCAUUAAUGUUGUUUAUAUGUUAUGAAUGAAGUUUUAUUUUUAUAGCCAGUCUAGUUUUGAAAGGUGCUCCAGGAGAAGACCUCAUUGUUCUAACAGCAUGAGGCAUCCGUCAGAGAACCAUUCUACUGCCUCUCCUCAUAGACUUAGAUAGACAGCUCUAGUGCCCUAAAGCCCUAAAGCACAGCAGCGCCAUUGAGGACUUUCACCAUACUGAAGUAGUCAACUGGGUGGGACUCCCUAAGGAAUGAUCACAUGAUUCCGCCCAGGUCAUCAGGAGGGAUCAGCCAAGGAAUUAUACUCCUGAGCAAACAUUCCGUAACUCUAGGGGGCAGUAAAUCCCCAACCAUGUCUUUAUACCUGUUCAGACAACACCCUCCAGGGGGCAGUAAAUCCCCAACCAUGUCUUUAUACCUGUUCAGACAACACCCUCUAGGGGGCAGUAAAUCCCCAACCUUGUCUUUAUACCUGUACAGACACAGCCUCCAGGGGGCAGUAUGCAUGUUUGUUAACCAACUCAUAGAAGUCAUAGAGAAUGUCUUUAAUGGUGCCGCCCAUGCUGUCACAAAAGCUAUUAUGGCUCAGAUGUAAAGACACCUCCUUUAUCAACCUCUUUGAUCUCCAUGCAGUUCUGCUAUAGAUCAUAGUCAAGAUCUAAUUCUCAAGUGUUAAACCAUCCACCCCUAGUCAAGUGUUAAACCAUCCACCCCUAGUCAAGUGUUAAACCAUCCACCCCUAGUCAAGUGUUAAACCAUCCACCCCUAGUCAAGUGUUAAACCAUCCACCCCUAGUCAAGUGUUAAACCAUCCACCCCUAGUCAAGUGUUAAACCAUCCACCCCUAGUCAAGUGUUAAACCAUCCACCCCUAGUCAAGUGUCAGAAUACACAGACAGGGUGCUAUUCUCAUGCUGAUGUUCAAGAUCAGAAUACACAGACAGGGUACAUGAAAAGGGAAUAACGUUCCAUUUACGAGCUCUUACCUCGGGUCGGAUUCGGCCUGAUACAGCACAGACCUGAAAGUGAAUCAUAUUUGUGAAUGUAUUAUUGUCCAGUGUUUCCAGGUGCUAAUGGAUUGUUAUACCAGACUGAGAUAAGGGAUAUUCAUUAGGCUAUUAUACAUUAAACAACAGACUGACUGAC